UUGUCUUAUAAAUACAUAACGUUCACAUAAUUACCUGAAAUCAAAUCUUAAACAUCAUUCAUCGUAUAUAGACUCCACACACGUUUUAAAAACUCGUAUGAUCAUGUGUUCUCUCUUUGCGUCCUUCUUUAAUUGCUUUGCUCCAAAAUCAGACUCACAGAUUAGCUCAACUGAUGAGAGUAACUUGAAAGUCCUGUCCUCAAAGAAACCAAAAAGCAUAUCUCCGAGAGCUCCGAUCAUCGUGUCUUAUUUUCCCGCUGGUUCGAACCUUUCGCGUCUGUAAGUGACAAAUAGAAGAGAAGAGAAGAUGAAGUGUUGGGAUGUUGAUUUUGUCCCAAAAAAAAAGGAAUUUUUGGUUGUAGACAUGUUGUAUGCGAAAGGCUUUAAUUUUUUGUUCCUCUUGUUUGUUUAGUUAUGUACAAGUAGAAAAGUAGACCGUUUAGAUUCAUAGAAUCGUAUAUAAAUGCUUUGUAUUCAGACACAAAUAAAAGAUUAAUAUGUUUAUAUA